AUGCCGUCCGCUUACGCUGGACCAAUCAGCGACCUCGUGUUGCUUACGCUGUACGUCCUUGGUAUCUCUAUCUACCGUAUCUUUUUCCAUCCUCUCCGAAGAGUUCCAGUGAAAACGUAUUAUGAGUGCUUCAAGGCGCCCGGAGGGCAAUUCAUGUGGGACCCCAAUGAAGUUCACAUCCAAGAUCCCACCGUCUACGAUACACUGUACUGUCAAUCUCGUCACUCGGACAAGCUCAAGCAUCUCAAGCACCGCUUCAACAGUGAGACGUCCUCGUUUGCUACCACUGAGCAUAGCGUUCAUCGUGUCCGUCGCGGCGCCCUCAACCCUUUUUUCUCCGAAAGAAAGAUUACUCAAUACUCGCCCCAAGUCCAAAAUCACUUGGAUCGCCUCUGCAAUCGCAACGAGUCCGAGUUUGUCGGCGCCUUUGCCUCGGAUAUCGUCGUCGGAUACUGUCCCGAGAAGCCUUACGACUUCAUCCUGAACCCUGACUUUCGCGCCCAGUUCUCUGACGCCAUGGUUGACCUCCUCGACCCCAUUUAUUUCAUCACUCAAUUUCCAUGGACGAUCAAGUCAUUGAAGUUGCUUCCAGACUGGCUCGUCGUGCUGCUGUCUCCACCAAUGUGGUCUGUCAUGACCUUCAACAAAGAGAUGGAGACACGGAUCAAGCAUGCCAAAGCCGCAUAUGCCUCUGGAGAAAAGAAUAUGGCCAUCCCAUCUCUGUUCACAGCCUUGCUUGAAUCCGACCUUCCACCGACCGGGCUCUCAACCAAGCGUCUGCAGCACGAAGCCAUCUCUGUAAUUGGCGCAGGUAUUAAAACAACAAUGUACACACUAUCAACUUGCUCGUACCAUCUGAUAGCAAAUCCCCAAACUCUGGGCAGGCUGUGCGCCGAACUGGACUCAGCAAUUCCCGAUCCAGAUCAUCUCCUGGAUCUCGACACGUUAAUGCAGUUACCAUACUUGACCAACGUCGUCAACGAAGCCUUACGCUUCGGCUACGGCAUAUCCCAGCGUAUCCCCCGCCUCUCAUCAACACCCAUGGUCUAUCACACCCCUGAGGUAGACUAUCAGCUCCCUGUCGGCUCCAUCGUGAGCAUGGACCACUAUACCGCCUCUGACGAUCCGAACUUGUUUCCUGAUUCUUUCGCAUUCCAACCCAAACGCUGGGAAAAUAAGGCAAAGGCGCCCGAUGGAAAGUCGCUGACCAGGUACUUGGUUGUGUUUGGCUGUGGUACAAGGAGCUGUGUGGGCAUGCAGCUUGCGUAUGCAGAUCUGUACAUUGGUAUUGUGAGCUUUUUUAGACGCUUCGAGUGCACCCUCUUUGAAACAGAGCGCGAUGCUGUUGAUCUUUAUCUCGAUAGCUUUGUCCCACGUGCUAAGCCGGGAACACGGGGAGUUAGGGUCCAUGUGCAGAGAAAGCGCAGAGAUUUUCAACUACGUAUAGGCCUAUAG